GAAGAAAGGAACAUGGCUUUUCUAUUUCAAGUUAUAUGUACAACAGAUAUGGGAAGUGCACGUACUCCCACCAUCAAAUAUAACACAACACGUGUGGAUUCUACAAUACCCACUGUUGAGGAGAAAGCAGGAGGAUUACAAUCAAAUACUCCGUUCUACAAUGAAUUGUGGUUCAUCACAAUAAUGGCAGUCAUUGGAUUGCUGUUUCUGGCUAUAUUCUUGGCUAUCCUACUACAAAGGGCAAUAACUAAACAACCAUUCAAACGAGAAAGGCCUCCUUUAAUUCCACUGCAGAAGAGGACUAAUCUGCCCAAUGAAUCCUUCAUGUUCCCAGAUGAUGAAGAACUAUUUGAGUCAAUUAAAGGUUUUAGUUCAGUUACAAAAGAGCACACAAUAUUCACAGACACUCAGUUGUAAGAAGAAUUUUCAUAAAGCCAACAGUGCUAGAAAAACUCAGCAGGUCUGGCAGCAGCUGUGGUGGAAGAAACAGAGUUAAUAUGGAACUUCUUUGGAACUGAAAAGAGUUGAAA